CUGUACUAACUAGUAAAGCUUUUUUUUUUGUGCUUCGCUUUGCGCUCUCUCUAUCUCUCUCUCUUCCAAAACCCUAACCCUAGCGGCGGGCGGGAGCGGCGGAGGAGGAGGGCGCGGCGGCGGUGGGGUGGUAGUGGUGGUGGGUGGAAUGGACGGAGGCGGGGCGCACCGCACGCCGGAGGACGUGUUCCGGGACUUCCGCGCGCGGCGGGCCGGGAUGAUCAAGGCGCUGACCACAGAUGUGGAGAAGUUCUACCAGCAGUGCGACCCAGAGAAAGAGAAUUUGUGUUUAUAUGGUCUUCCCAAUGAGACAUGGGAAGUGAACUUGCCUGCUGAGGAGGUUCCUCCAGAGCUUCCAGAACCAGCUCUGGGAAUUAAUUUUGCUCGGGAUGGGAUGGAUGAGAAAGAUUGGCUGUCACUUGUUGCGGUUCAUAGUGAUACCUGGCUGCUAGCAGUAGCCUUUUACUUUGGAGCAAGAUUCGGGUUUGACAAAGAAUCCAGGAAACGGCUUUUUAGCAUGAUUAACAACCUUCCAACCAUAUAUGAGGUUGUCACUGGGACUGCAAAGAAGCAGAGCAAAGAAAAAACCCCCAAGACCAGUGGCAAGAGCAAUAAAUCCGGCACGAAGCCAUCGCGCCAGCCGGAACCCAACUCUAGGGGUCCAAAGAUGCCACCUCCGAAGGAUGAGGAUGAUAGCGGAGGUGAGGAAGAGGAGGAAGAAGAAGAUCACGAAAACACAUUAUGUGGUGCAUGUGGUGACAACUAUGGACAGGAUGAGUUCUGGAUCUGCUGCGAUGCUUGUGAGACAUGGUUCCACGGUAAGUGUGUCAAGAUAACCCCUGCCAAGGCUGAGCACAUCAAGCACUACAAGUGCCCGAACUGCAGCAGUAGUAGCAAGAGAGCCAGAGCUUGAUGGUGGAUCCCUCUAUGGCUUAUGUCUGAAGAACCAAGAAUUUGACUCGCUGUAAAGACCCUCAUGAGAUAGAAUGCCCAAUGGAUAUGCAUUCAGCUGUUGGUUUUCAGUUUAGGACCAGCUUUAGGGUCUUUAAUGUGUUGUUUGGUGUAUGUCAAUGGCAUCAAUUCUAGAUUUUCUGUUAGUAGUAGAAACUAACUGUAAUAGCUUAUGCUUCUUCAAGCCCUUCUAAGUGCACCUGUACUGGACUCUUUAGUGUUUUAGAUUUGAAUUGUGUAUUUGUGUCAAACAUGUACUCUUGUAGUUUGUUAAAAAUUGCUUGUGGUCAUUUAUUCUCAGCCUCAUUAUUGAUA